AUGAACUCCUCACUAGAGCCUGAUCCCUAUGCGGUCUUGGGAGUGUCGAAGGACGCCACCACAGCAGAAAUUCGAUCCGCCCAUCGCAAGCGUGUGCUGAAAUGUCAUCCCGACAAGGUACAAGAUGAAGCACUGCGAAGUGCCGCCCAAGAUGAGUUCCAACGUGUCCAGCAGGCAUACGAAACCCUCUCCGAUGAAACACGCCGUAUGCGCUACGACCAGAAGGCCAAACUCGCCGAAUUGAAGCGUGAAGUGCUUGAGAAGCGCAGGCGAGCGGCUGAAUCCUCCCCGACUUCCUCGCCCCGCGCCAGUGCCAGUGCCAGCGCCAACGCCCGCGAAGUGCGAGAAGGUCGCAUCUUCGAGGAGAGAGUGCCGGUGGACAUCUUGGUGGAUGAAGUGUGGCCCUUUACGGAGGAGCCGCGGUCCAUGUCGCGAAAGCACGAGGAAUACGGCCAACGAACCAAGACACGCACCACGGACGAGAAGAAAAAAGCACGCACACCGACGAGUGUCUAUGACAACCUGAAGGACCUCCGUGACAUGGCCAAGGCAAAGAUGGCAGACCAGGCGAAACAGCGAGAUCGCGAACGCCGUCGCCAAACAUCCGCCAAAUACGAGUACUACGACUCACUCGCCGAGUCCGACGAAGACACCGACACAAGUAGACCGGAUCCAUCCUCCGAGCGAGUCAAGCGACCUGUUUAUCGAACUCGUACAUCUCGUGACUCCUACGACGUACGAGAUUCUCUCAGGGAUGCCAGAGAGUCUCGGACUCGAUCAAGAGAUCAUGGCCAGCGCCGCACGGGAUCCUACCAAGACGAGGACGUGGCAGUCCCCUCCAGCCGAUACAGUAGCCGCAAGCAUGAUAGCUUGGUGCACGACGCCGAAGAACAUAUCCAUCGCUCCAAAUACGAAGGUCCGCGGGGGGGCCGGUCUCCACAGCGACACCGUGGUUACGAAUCGGCCGAGCCAGAGAUGAGCAGCAGCCGGCGCAUGGGGCGGUCCUCCCGCCGACCAGAGUCAACCUCACGCCAUAAUUCCUGGGAGAAGCUUGAUUCUCCUCGCCGAGAGAAGGAGGAGUUCAAGGUCCCGAAGAUGCCAGCUUCCGCUUCGUCGCCUUACAAAUCCUCGAUCCGGCCUUCUUUGUUUGGAGCCCGUGCGACGACCUCGGCCGGGUUUAUUCGGCCGAAACGUGAGGGUUCCUCUCGAGAAGAGCCGACUCUGGAGAAGAUGGCUCGAGAAGAAAUUCCAGUGCGGUCUUCACGACGCUACGAUUCUGGCUAUUCCAGUCCAAGUACACCCGAGAUGCCUGCGAGGGGAGCUUCGCCCAAGGCCACAGCUCGCUACAAGAUUUUAGAUCCAACAACUACUGAGCCUCCCAAAUCAUCCAAGUAUCGCGCGAAUUCUCCUGUGCGGAUCGUUCCCAAACGAGCCAACACUUUCAAUACCGUUGAGAAAGAAUCGCCUCGAGUUGAAGUGCGCAGGCCACGGCCAGGCCGCACCUAUGAUGAUGAGUACCCCGUUCGGACUCGACUGCAAGAGACCAAGUACCCUCGUGAGGUACGACCAAGCGAAGCCUACAUGUCGCCCGGUCGAUCUCAUUACUACAGUGAAGCUCGCAAUCCGCCAAUUGGGAGACGACAAUCUACAGCUGCAUGA